GUGUCUGACGACGCGGGCGCUGCCUCGACGGAUCUCCUGUCUCCGGGAUCUUCGACAUCUCUUGUGAUCGAUAGAAAGUCAUUCGUGAUGUAAUCCGUGAGAAUCGAUGAUCAAUUUGAUCUACGAUCCUUGCUGAAGUCAGCCGAUCGAUCGUCGAUCGUCGCAAGCAGCGGGCAGGGGAAUCAAGAUGUGACACCACAAUGUAUCUUUGACGGUUUCGCAUUUAAAGACCAGACGCACAGCGCUGGGCUUGAUAAGGGUUUCCUGGACGACAUGAACUCGAGCGGAGAGUCCAGCGGAACGAUGUCGGAAGAUUAUGAAGUCGGAGGCUGCAGCGUUCCGGAAGAGGAGACGGGCUCGAAUCUGCCGACAUGGGAGGCGGUGGCGGCUACGCUGACCUUGGGCUUCCUCGUGCUGGCGACGGUGUUCGGCAACGCGUUGGUGAUCCUAAGCGUGUUUACAUACCGACCGCUUCGGAUUGUCCAGAACUUCUUCAUCGUCUCGUUGGCGGUGGCCGAUCUCGCGGUGGCGAUACUCGUGAUGCCAUUCAACGUAGCCUAUCUGCUGCUGGGCAAAUGGAUCUUCGGUAUCCAUCUGUGCAAGCUGUGGCUGACAUGCGACGUGCUCUGCUGCACCGCCAGUAUCCUCAAUUUAUGCGCCAUCGCGCUAGACCGUUACUGGGCGAUCACCGAUCCGAUCAAUUACGCUCAGAAGCGCACCCUCAAGCGAGUCCUCGGGACGAUCGCCGGCGUGUGGAUUCUCUCGGGUGCGAUCAGCUCGCCGCCGUUGGCCGGCUGGAACGAUUGGCCGGAGGAAUUGGAACCAGGCACGCCCUGCCAGCUCACUAGACGGCAAGGCUACGUCAUAUACUCGUCUCUGGGCUCGUUCUUCAUACCGUUGCUGUUGAUGAGCCUGGUUUACCUGGAGAUCUUCUUGGCGACGCGCAGGAGGUUGCGAGAACGCGCCCGGCAGAGCAGGCUGGGCCCGGUGCAGUCCACCAGGCACCACGAGACCGACGAUGCCGAGGAGUCGGUCAGCUCGGAGACGAAUCACAAUGAGCGCUCGACGCCCCGUCUGCAGGCGAAGCCGUCGCUGAUCGACGACGAGCCGACCGAAGUGACGAUAGGUGACAACGAUCGUCGCACCACCGCGUCCACCAGGCGAGGUGCCGGCGCCGGCGAUGCCAUCCCCGCCACCUCGGCGACCGUCUACCAGUUCAUCGAGGAGCGACAACGGAUCUCGUUGUCCAAGGAAAGACGCGCCGCGAGGACCCUGGGCGUCAUCAUGGGCGUCUUCGUCGUCUGCUGGCUGCCGUUCUUCCUCAUGUACGUCAUCGUGCCGUUUUGCCCGGCCUGCUGCCCGUCUGACAGGAUGGUAUACUUCAUCACGUGGCUCGGCUACGUCAAUAGCGCUCUCAACCCCCUCAUCUACACGAUCUUCAAUCUCGAUUAUAGAAGGGCGUUCAGGCGGCUGCUGCGAAUCCGCUGAGCCCUCGCGGCCGUCACGUUUGGCCCCUGGGCUUUGGCAGACGAGGGGGAUCCUCGCGAUUUCAUUCGGCGUCCGGCCGUCCGAAUCUCCCUCGCCGACCGCGAGCCCACGCGGAACCACGCGACAUGAUCGGUCAUAAUAGCCCCUACGUCACGACUUCUAUACUCACGAGAUUUCCGUCUGCUAGCCAAUGGAAGUCGUUAAGUAAGUUCUUCGUCCAGGGAGAAGCGCGUCGCUCAUCGGGGUGGCGCCGGGGUGGCGCGACGUCGCGAAAUUAAUGGAAAAUUUAGACGUCUCGUUCACCCCGAUCGCUCGUUCGUGCGCGCACAGCUCGUUAAUGUUACGCGGUGAAAAUUUCACGCGUACUCAGCACAGAGACGACGAUGGUGGCGACGAGUUACGAAACGACGAGUUACGAAGCGUCGCGAAGCGUGAACUCAGAGCAAGUAAGUUACCAGCAAAUUUGCAGGAUUAUUGCCGUUUUACGCCAAGUUACGAACUAAUCCUACGAAACUUGAUAAUUUAUUUUCGACUACCGCGUUUAAUUAAAGGAUCGAUCCUAUUAGCGUGAACAAUUACGUUUAUCCGAGGAGUAGCGAUCAAGAGAACACGGCCAUAAUUCCCCACCAAAGAAACACCUUACAACUAUUAUUUAUGUCGAAAAAAACAGAGAAAUGUACGCAAAAUUUGUCAGACGGAUAAAUUUCAGUGUCGUAAACAGACAUAACGGGAGAUUAAAGAUCGCGAUUUUUGCGGAAAAAUGAUUAGAAUUGAUAAAAUUAAUCUACCCCUAGUGCUUGACCCUUAAAUCAAACAUUUACAAAGUUUCUGAAUUAUUACGCGACUUUCCAAGUAAAUUUCUUUUUUAUGGAGCAAAAACUCGGAACGCCAUAAGAAUCUCGAAAAUUUCCUUCAACUGGUAUAACGGAUUGCCAUGACUCCGAGAGAGCCCGAAGAGCGAUGUGCACUUACCGUCGGAACUUCCCUGAAAAUUUAUCAGGGAUCCCGAGAAGACGUUGAGAAAAUGGAUACGGUUUCAUCCAAGAGGAUGCACGAAGCGCAUCGCAAUCAAGAUUGGCAGCCGGCGGCAGCCGGCGCUAAUCCGGCCGUGAAGAGCUUUCAAGGGCGAAAGUUGAAGGGAAACUUUCUGCGAGAGUGAUAAAGGAAAUUAUACUUCCUGUGCUGGUUGGCAACCACCUUCCCCCGAAUAUCGUUACGCAAAGCUUCGUCAGCUUUGUCAGCUUCUUCCGAAUUUUCUCUCUUCCGCGGUUUUGCUGAUCAAUCUAGCUGCGCUGGAAGAUGAUUAAUGAUUGAAUUUAGCGCCCGAGAGCGUGUAAAUGCGAUUUAUCAGUAAAUCAAUAAUUCUCGAUACCGGAUUGUAAUGGAAUCGAGGUCAUCGGGGGGAGGAGAGGUCUCUCUCGCGAGAAGCCACCGUCGUUCCUUUCCUCGUCGCGCACAGUUUCCGUCUGCCCGAUGCGCGCGAGAGCAAAAAAAAAAAAAGAAGGAGGGUCUCCGUUAGAACGUCGAGUAACCUGUCUUGUCCGUCGAUUUCGUUCGUCGACGAAAGAUGGGGACGUGCUUUUCUUCUACCAACGACAAACGGAGAAAUAAUCGUACGCGCGGUUUUCAGGUAGACCCGGUUUAGGUAGACGUGCGUACGUCCACCGAACGUUAACACAAUUGCAAGUAUUACGGUUGUGAAUAAUUAAUAGUAACUAAUCCAUGAGAGCCCCGACCGCGCGGGGCACGUAGCGUAAGGAAGCAGUGUAAGAGGCAUUUCGUUCGUCACCACCGAGACCGGUCGUUUAUUCGGGGGAGCGUGACGUUAACAACGCC